AGGAAUUACUUCCGAUAUACACGUCGCUUUCAGUCGUAGGAUCGCUAGGAUCGAUGAUGAUGUCGAAGUUGAUUGAUCAACUCGCAGUUCGCAAUUCGACCUGCAAAAGAAAUCCACGCUGAAAUCCAAGCCUAUACGCGAGUACAACACCAUAUCGGUUCACUACGAUGUACGGCGACGACGCUCUCCAACUCGUCCUCGAAUCCCGCCGCUCCGCCCUCACCUCGACCCUCCCCAAAUACUCUGACCCGCUCAUCCGCCAAAUCUGCCUCGAGACACGUCAACUCGACUCGCACAUCCAAUCCACCACCUCGUCCUACACGCGUGAAGAACUCAAUUCGCCGGAAAACUUGGGGGUCGUAGCUGGGUUGACGGUGCAUCAUCUGGCGGCGAGGAGGAACAAGAGGUGUCUGAUGGCCUAUCUCGCUGGACGAGUUGAUGGGGUCAAGGGGAUGUAUUGGGAAGCUGGGGGUGGGGUAGCACAUCUGCUCGCCAGCGAUCGAGGGGCGAGUUCGUUGGACGAAGGUAGCAGCAACAACAACAAUAACGGCAACAACAAUUCGAACUCGAAUGGACAGGCGGGACCGACGACGACCACCCCGCAUGGGGACAACACCCUCGACCUCCGUUCCCGUCUCUCCCCCCACGAACUCGAUUUCCUCCUCAGCUACAACGACCUCAUCCUCUCCUACAAGACCCCCUUUCUGUCAACCCUCGACCUUUCCUCGUCCAUAUCUUCGCCUCCAGGGGAACUCUACGUCGACGUACAGGUCGUCAAGGAUUGCGGGGUGGUAUGGACAGAGAUGGGGCAGGUCGAGUUUAGGAAGGGAAGUCGGUAUAUGGUCAGGAGGGGGGAUGUGGAGAGGUUGAUCGUACAGGGGUUCUUGGUCGAGGUGUAGCUGUGACCCGGUGAAGGGGUAUGGGGCGGUUGGAGGACGAGACAACAUUUUUAUUACGACGGAUCUCGAACAGGACCCUUUACGACAAUUUGCCUUGGGACACCUAACGGCAACGACAUAUCUAUGACGCUGAACAUGCAUCUACCCAAACGCUCGAGUGUCCAUCUGGCUGGCCUUUGACUCUCGCCGGUAUAAUCGUGAUCACCCUAUCCUACCCUACCCUCCAUCGUUCACUUGGUCGGCGGAUCGCGCUCUAUUCUGUGCCACGGGCUUGGAAAAUCUUUCUAUCUGGGCUGUGAAAGAACCGUCUUUGCAUAACCAUAUA